ACCGAUCCCAUUCUUUGCGAGGAAACUCGAGCCAGACUAGAACAUUUUCGUAGUCUUGGAUGGCUCCCUCCAAACUUUAAGCCAAAGACCUUAGAAGGCAUCGCUAUCGUCGAACGUUAUUGGCGAAAAUAUUGUAUUCAAUCGAACGAGGAUUAUAUGGACUUUCUUCUUCUAGAGGAUCCGACGAUCUACAUGAACUUUUUUGAUUAG